AUGGAGGCCUUCGUCGCUGACGGAGCAAAUGAUGGGACAGCUGCCCGUUGGGGUUUGCGGCCUGUCACAGGUGAUCAGUCGUGGGGGUCGUACAUGAGGUUUGCAAGCAAUCCCAAUAACCCAGUGUUUGGUCAGCCGAUGGUGUAUGUGGAGUUCAUUUCAGUCACUGAUGUUGCCGGAUGCAGUAGCAGGGGCGGUGAGGUCGAGUUGGCCAUCACAUCAGCCCCUAGCAUCGGCCCAUCGGAACCGACGGGCGACCAGCCUGUGUAUGACACAGGAUAUUGGUCUACGGCCGUUGACAUGAGUGAACACGUGGAGGGAUUGCCGGAGGCGCUCGAUGAUGACGAUCACUCUUCCGCGUCUUCCGAGUCAAGCGAAGAAGAAGAUGUUCCUCCCCAGAGGGCGGUCGCGGCGUCACUGCAACCUGGGUUUUUACAGGAUAUGAGCAUCACAAAUGAAUUUCACUCUGUUUCUGGCCUAGAAGCGGGGAGCCUAGAGGUUGGGCAGGUUUUCCCAGACAAGAAGUCUGCUUACCAAGCAAUUAAUAGGUAUGCAAUCGCCCUCCACCGCCAGCAAAAAGUGAAGCAGUCUGAUAAAAAAGAGUUGAAGGUCAUAUGCAUCCACACCGCGAAAGGUUGCCGCGGAAGAGUUCUCGCUAGACUGAAGCCUGGGGUAUGUCAGUCAUGGCAUAUCACAAUAAUAGUGCAACAUAGCUGUGAGCAAACUGGGACUCUUUCAAAUCACUGCAAUGUGACGGCAAGAUAUGUGGCACAGGUGAUGGAAACGAUUGUGCAGGGAAGUCUCAACAUUAGUGUUAGGGCUUUGCAAAAAGAUGCAGAAGAUCAGAUUGGCUUCCCUGUCAGCUACAGCAAGGCUAGGCGUGCGAAGGAAAAUAUAUUCAAGAACUUGUAUGGAACCUAUGAGGAGGCCUAUUCUUAUGCCCCCAGAAUGCUUCAUCAGAUAGCAAGUGCUAAUAGGGGGACUCAAGUUUGGCGGAGAGAACGUCAGAACCCAAAGAACCUGGGUGAGCUAAUCCUAGACCGCUUAUUCUGGGCAUUCGCCCAGACUAUACAAGCCUUCAGGCACUGUCGCCCGGUAUUAUCAGUUGAUGGUACCUUUCUCACUGGAAAGUACAAGGGCACACUAUUGGUGGCGAUUGCAGCAGAUGCAAAUAAUCAGCUUCUUCCUAUUGCAGACGCACUGGUCGAGAGCGAGAACAAAGAUAGCUGGUUGUGGUUCCUGAGCAGCGUGAAGAUGGGUGUCGUGAAAGAGCGUUUAGGUGUUUGCAUCAUCUCUGAUCGCAACACAGGAUUAUUAAGUGCUCUCAACAUAAUUAAGGAGUCGUCAGAAGAGUGGGGGUGGCCGGAUCUAGAGGGAAGGUGGUACAUGCGGCAUUGGCAGCAAACUUUUACUCCAAAUUCAAGAAUAAGGAUUGGUUCAAGUUAUUCAAGAGGAUGUGCAUGCAGAAAACUGAAGCCAAAAUGA